AUGUCAACCAUUAAUGCUGAGUGGGUGUCGCUUUUGAUAGCUCUGAGAGACCAUCUUUUCACCAACAAGUCACUCCCCAUUACGUUUCAAGUGACGCAAGAUGCUACCGGCCGCAAGACGAUCUGGAAACGGAAUCCUGCCUCAUCCCCGGGCAAUCCCGGUCUCCAAGACACUCUUUACUUUUCGGGUUGGGGUUACUAUGAGAAUAUCCUCUUCAACGUCUAUCAGUGGAAAUUCAUCGCCCCAAUAUUCGGAGAAGGCCAACCUUUUCGCUUCUGGUUCCAGCAUGAAACGGUACUUCCAUACGUCACAGUCGACUGGAGCACAGGAACCAAGGGAUUCUUUGGGGAGGUGUCAAAGGUCAACAUUCAUGCAGCACAUAUCAAGGCCUCGAAAAUGCCCAAGAACACAGACGGCUCGGUAGCGAUUGCACUGAAGAAGGCAAACGACGAUCCUGAACUUCGUAAAUUCUUUGACAAGGAGGCAGAUAAUCUCGAGAAGCUGAGGAAUUACAAGUCGAACCACCUGAUCAAACCCAUUGCGGCCUACCAACACAAUGAAGAUCGCUGCCUCCUCUUCCCUUGGGCACAAGGCGGGAAUUUGGCCGAGUACUGGAGUCGUAACUCUGGAAAUUCUUUGACAAGGAACCAGCUCGCCUGGAUUUUCGGCCAGCUCACAGGCCUAUUCGAAGCUCUCGAAGAACUACACGCAAACAAUUGCAGACACGGGGACCUGAAGCCUGAGAACAUCCUGUUAUUCAUCGAUGUGAAUAACAACAUGACGCUGCAAAUCGCCGAUAUGGGACUCACUACUUUCCACGAGCUAGAAGCUGCGACCAAGAUUCGAAGAGCCCAGGAGAUUCUCACCAAAACACCUCCAGGAACAUCCCGGUAUGAGCCCCCUGAGACGGGAAAAGACCGAGAAAGGAGGCUACUCGUCCACGAGACUCGUUCAAGAGCAUAUGAUAUCUGGUCCAUGGGCUGUGUUAUCUUGGAGCUACUCGUUUGGCUUGCCUACGGCUUUGAUACCGUGAGAAAGUUUAGAGAGGAUACCGCCUACCUUUGGGAGAGAUUCAAGGUCAAAGGUAGAGGGGGGAGGUACAUGUACAUGUAUCGUGUCCAAUCCGACACACAGCGCUACAUCAAAGCUCUUUCCACAAAAUGGCAGGCGCAAUCAGCAUGGAGAGAGCUUUUGACGCUGGUGGAAACCAGGCUUCUCGUCGUCAACGUUUCAGAGAGCUGGCAGGUCAGCUCGCCUAACUAUCGCGAAACUGCGCGUGCAGCUCACAUGGCGAUGAGAAGAAUCCAGGAGAAAUACUACCCUGUCACCACGCGCGAUGGACUGGCCCCAGGACACGACUAUGAACGCAAUGGCAUCAAACCUUCGCUACCUUCUCACGAAAAUAAUCUCGACGAAUUUGAUGGACUGGUUGGUAUUGAGCGCAAGGCAACGGAGGAGCUGGAGCCAAAACCUAAGCGCUCCCUGACGGAGGGCAACGACCACGAGGUAAAUGCCAAACUUGAAGAAUAUGUCAGUAUGCGCCUUGUUAGGAACGAUGCAAUCACAGUCACUCGCGGCCUCGGCAUAGACUACAUUUGGAUUGAUACUUUAUGCAUCAUCCAGGGCGACAAAGACGAUUGGGAGAACGAGUCAACAAAGAUGGAAGAAGUAUUCAGUGCGGCAUACUGUACUAUCAGUGCCGCGUCUGCCAAAUCGUCACUCGAUGGCUUCCUGUCCGAUCGUCCGCCUAGGGCAAGCGUUCAUCUGCGAGUGAAGGGCUCUCCAGACCUGUAUGUGUGCCCAUACAUGGACGAUUUCCAUCAAGACGUCGAGCUGGCAGAGAUCAACAGGCGAGGCUGGGUCUUGCAGGAAAGGGCUUUAUCGAGACGCUCCAUCUAUUUUACUCCGAAUCAGGUGUACUGGGAAUGUGGAGAUGGAAUACGGUGUGAGACUCUGGGUCGCUUGUACAACUCGAAAGCCGCAUUUCUUGGGGACGCCAACUUCCCCCAGUCUGCUUUAGACCAUUACAAAGAUGGUAGGCAGUUGCUGAUUCAAGAUUUGUACGAAAGAUAUUCUGCGCUUGCGUUUACGAUGGCUUCCGACAGGGCCGUCGCAAUCCUUGGUCUCCAAACGAGGCUGGCGCGGGCACUAAAAAGUCAAGCUUCCCACGGGUCCUUCGAGGUAUUUUUCGCCCGGAGUAUUCUCUGGAAACGCAAUCAACCAGAAGACAUGACGGCCAUUACUCAGUCGACUUGGCUUGUUCCCACUUGGUCAUGGUUCUCAAAGAGCGGAAAGAUUCAGUACAUGAACCUAGAGUUCGACAAAAUUGAGUGGAUGACCGGAGAUUUUGAAAGCCCUUUCUCUCGCCAUCCAGACAUGCUUUCAGGAGCGUCAUAUUACGGUCGCGACGAGGACCAUACCAUCCUUCGGGGCGUUGCAAGACGCAUGCAUAUAAGCGAAGAGCAAAUUUCGUCACAAGCUGUUUUUGACAGGAAGAACGAGCUCAAAUCUGAGGACUUACGGGUUGUCAUCGUCGGCCGUGAUAAGGAAGGCCUCGACGCGAAAGCCCACGUUCUUGUCAUCUGCAAAAGCCAGAACGAUUCUCGGGACAUUCGGUAUGAAAGGGUCGGGGUCGCGUCCCUUCCAGGGGCGCAGGUUUCGGAGGAAGGUGUCAUGGUUGACAUUUGGUAA